AUGAAACCCGAAAGCAGAAGGAACAAAAGCGGUAUGAGCUACGAAGAUGAAUCUAGUUUCAAUCUAAGCUCGCUCAGGGAGCUUAUAGAGUCCUCCACCGGUGAAAAGAGUGGCAAUCUGAUGGAUCUAUCGUCAAUGUCGCACGCUUUAUCGUGCGUGAAGCGCAAGAUGGAUCAGAAGAAGAAGAGGGUUAGGGUUCGUACUUAUUGGAGAGAAAGAGCCUCGGCAAACGGAGUGAUGGAUUUAACUCCGGAAGAGUUGACGCGACUCUCGGAAGAACUAUUCAAAGGGCUCCUCAACCUUCUUCCAAACCAGAACAAAGCCUCCUCCUCCGAUACCUUGAUCAACACGGAACCACAACUAGUUUGUUCCAUUAACAAACAGGAUGAUUUCUCCGACUGGGUUUUUGUUUAA